GGGUUCAUAUUCAUUUUUUUUUGAAUUUGACAUAUUAUCAACGCAGUAUGCGUGCCUUUUCGUUACCUGUGGCGUCAUAUGUAACCCGUAUGGGCCUAGUGACAAUUUCGUCGUGCCGUGUUUGGUCCUCGACUGAUGCGAAUCAGGAAAAUAUUGAAAAAGAAAAGCAAGACAAAGUUGAUGGUCAAGAGGAGAAGGUGUCAAACGAGACAUUAAAAAAUCUCGAAAAAGAACUAAGGGACGCAAAAGAAACUGUCGAAGCUCUCAAAAAAGAGCUGCAAUACCGUGCUGCAGAUGCGGCAAACGCUCGCCGUAUCAGUCGUGAGGACGUUGACAAGGCUAAGCUUUAUAGCAUCACUAGUUUUGCCAAAGACAUGCUCGAGGUGGCUGAUAUUCUUGGAAAAGGUAUCGAAAGUUUUGAUGCUUUAGCCGAUGAGGUGCUGAAAGAUAAUAAAUCGUUGCAUUCGAUUUACACCGGGGUUAAAUUGUCUGAGAAGGUGUUGCAUAGAAACAUGGCCAAACAUGGUAUCGAAAAGAUGAAAUUAACCGUGGGUACGGUAUUUGAUCCAAAUUAUCAUGAUGCAUUGGUUCGUAUUGCAGCAACUGAAAAGGCACCACCUGGAACAGUAGCGAAUAUUCUAAAAGAUGGAUAUAGCAUUAGAAAUCGUGUUCUACGAGCUGCCCAGGUCGGUGUCUCUUAUUCACCCGAUGAAGAAUAAUUUUUUUUUUGGCAAGAUGAUAUUAUUUGGUUACGAAAUCGGUUAUUUAAUAACUGAAUGAUUUUGGAUUAAAUUUACAAAUUUAAGCGGCAUCUCAUAUUUAGACAAAGUAGUAAUUCUUCUGAAAUACUGUUGUUUUUGUCAUGCAUAAUAAACCACGUACUUA